GGAGGGGGAUCAAUAAACGCGCCUGUGGGAGCCACUUUCGCUGUUUCACUGUCUCUGGUGGGCUGUCUGCACGAGGCGAGCCCCCGUUCUUAGAACAUUUUCCGGUCCUCGAGCGCGUGAGGGUGCCGAUACGAAUCCCAUUAGAGCAUCUUGCUCACUGAAAAGUAAAAACCGGAAAUUUGGGUGGAAACCAUGACAACAGCAGAGACCGGAGACUGAGAGCAGAGUCGCAGUCAACAAACUGGCAGUAGACCGGUGAACUCUGAUGUGAGAGAAGGAGCUUUUUUAUUUUUACAAUACCAUUUUUAUUUCAAAGCUCUUUUUCUCUGUCAAGUAUGAAAUCAUCGAAGAAGAGCGCGGAUCAGAAUAUCCUGAGAGUUCUAUGCGGAGUGAUGGUCAUGGCCUCCAGCGGUCACGGCGCAAGAGUUGUCAGUGGUCAGACGGUGUGUCAGGGAGGGGAGGAGCAUCCAUGCUAUAAGAUCGCCUACUUCCGGGAAAUGACCAGCCGGAUUGCAUUCAGCGAGGCCAGAAAGGCAUGUGAGAUGGACGGAGGGUCGUUGCUGAGUGUAGAGAGUGCUGCGGAGCAGAGACACAUAGAACACCUGCUACAGGAGCUUCGGACCUCCUCAACAGGAGCAGGGACAGAAACGGGGGAAGGAGCAGGUACCGGUAAUGGAGGAAUAGCAGACGGUGAUUUCUGGAUCGGGCUGAUGAGGACAGAAGGAGAACACACACAGGAAAACGGCGGCUUCGCCUCCUGUCCUGACCUCUACCUCUGGACCGAUGGGAGUGUGUCCCAAUUCAGGAACUGGUAUUUUGACGAGCCGUCGUGUGGAGGGGAGGCGUGUGUAGUGAUGUACCACCAGCCUACAGCGCUCCACGGGCUGGGCGGGGCCUACAUGUACCAGUGGAAUGAUGACAGGUGCAACAUGAAGCACAACUUCAUCUGCAAGUACGAACCAGAGAGCCGUCUGGGGAAGGAGCAGGGGGACAGGCCUGGAGCUCGUGACCCAGUCCCAGAUGUGGCGGUGGUGCAGGCAGAUGAGGUCAAACAAUCCGGACCAAGUGAGGACGACGCCCCACAUGUAGUCAUAGCUGGAUCCUCAGGUAUGCUGCUGGUUUAUGUAAUCAUCCCCACCAUCCCUCUGCUGCUGCUCAUCCUGGUGGCUUCUGGGACUUGCUGUUUCCAGAUGUUUAGUAAGAGCAAACCACGGACCAAAACCAGCAUUAAUCACCAAUCAACGCUCUGGAUCUCCAAGACACCCAAGACAGACAGCAUGGAAGUAUGAAUGGCAGGUUACAUCACAAACAAGAUAAACAGAUUAGGCAGAACUAACUGAAUGAUACUUGUCUUUCCCUCAUACUAUCCUUGUUCCAAAUACAUCUUACUAUCCACCUCAACCAAUGACCUGCUCUCCUCUUCUGCAUUUCCUUUGUUCAAUUUGUUCAUGUCUCCACCGCUCUGUUUAGUUUUUCCUUAUUUCCUUUCUCCUCCCCUCCACCCUUCCUGUCCUGCCCUCCUGUUAAUGUGCUCCUGCAAACAAAAAUGAAAUGACUUAAUGGAUCAUUUGGCAAUCCUCGUAACUCUGAUAUCAAGGUAAACCUACUGCUGCUGAUAACAAGGUAUACCUGCUGCUGUUGCCAGGGAGUUUUUGCUGGAAUCCCGGUGUCUGUACGCAUGUGUGAGUGUGAGCAUGCUACCGUGUGUGUACACUAAUGUGUGUGUGUGUUACACUAAUUGGUUCCAAACAGAGGAAGUAAUUAACUAUCAGCAAUUAAGGGUGGUGCGAGGGGGACCCUGAUAAAACAAGGAAUUGAACCAUCCCCUGUGACCAGGAACAGGGUCAGAACCACUUAACACAUCACACAGAUUCAGUCCUGAAGAGCAGCACACAGCGAGGUGUAAGAGAUGAGGGGGAGCGGGGAGAGGAGGGAGUGGGGGAAAAGAGGAACAUUUCAGGGAAAGUGAAUAAAAGAUAAAAAGAGAGAGGGAAAGAGGCAGGAGGGGGAAAAUAGGGAAAUAGGACUUUAAAAUGGAAAUUGAAGUGUGUUGUUUGAUCUGCUUCCCGUUGUUCAGGGUUUAGUACUAGCUUAACUCUCUGUUCCCUCACCAGGGAGCUAUGUCUCAGACAGAUCAGUCAGCUAAAUGACUUUCCUAAAUGUCCUGAAAAAAACAAAAUGAUUUUCAUGAUCCAAUCUAAUUGAAUGCAUAAUGCCAGUAAAUAUCUCAUGGAUGAAACAGUCAGUAUUUAUCCAAUAUUUAUCACCGCCUGAUAUGAAUACUCUAAGUGCAGUUUUGUGCAUGUUACAUGGUCUACAAUGUUAUAUUUUAUAUUCCGUAUAAGCAUUGUCUAAUGUGAGAGAUUAUCCACCUGGCUAAUAUUGAUACAUGCCAUACAUCUCAACUUAUCCUCAGUUGUCCAAUGUUAAUGCUUUUAUAUGAUGGAAUAUAUGAGAGUACUACAUGUGUUUUCUUUCAAAGAUAAACACACGUGUAGCACGCUCAACCAUUGAACAAGGUUUUAAUAAGGGAUUUGUGUAUAUUUCAGUGUGUAUGUGUUGGAUGGAGUGUUGUACAUACAUUAGGUUCUAGAGUUUCUAGAAACACAUACAGUAGAUCAGUGGUACAUAUAUGAGACUAGGUUCUGGUGAUGGUGUAGUACGUUUUGGAGCCUGUGUGUGAAUGUAUUGUUAAGAAGUGGCGUGUUUGUACUCAGCGUUGUGAUGCAGUCACUGUCCUGCUAGCAUGUCUACCCACAGCCAGAGAUGAAAACAGAGUUUAUAAAGAGCCUUGUAGAAACUUAAAGAUACCUUUUUCACCCAUAACUUGUUUUGUGACGAGAUAACUCAAUAAAAAGCUUUAUGUGAUU